CAUUAGCAUGGCCGUUUAUGUGCACCAGGAUGACUUGGACGAGACACAGCAGUAUCUCUACUAUAUUAAAUAUUGCACAUCUGACUCAUUGAGCUGGACCCAUUACGUAUCCCUACAGUUGGUCUUCUCCGACAAGCAUAUGCCACACAUUUUCCAUGGCAUAUAUGGCAGUCAUCCUAACGGCCUGCGUUGCAAGGAGGAGGUGCAUAUCUCAGCCUUAAGCAAUUUUCACAAUAAUAUCACCUAUCCGCUGCAUCUAUUAAGGCAUGUGGCACGCCUAAAUGCGGAAACAUUUUAUGUACUUCCCGUGGAGCCGGGCAUGCUGCCCACAAAGCAUUUCAUCAAAACUUUCCUUCAGUUCGUUCAUCUAUAUUACCCGGAAAAACCACUUAAGAGCGUCUACUGCAUUCCCGUCUUCCCACAAAUCGGCGAUGACUUAUCGCUGCCCAAGUACAAAUCGCAGCUUUGCACCCAAUUACAGCCCUAUCUACAAAAUAGAGUCUGGCUUCCUAAAACUAAACUGGAGCAACUCGAUAAGUGGCGCUCUUGGUUACAAGCUCCGAUACGGGAUGGCGAUAUGACUAUAUACAGGGUGACCCAGGAUACCGAUAACUGUGCUGUCUAUGUCAGUAGCAACGCCUAUGAUCAGUCCACUUAUGAAGUUAAUUCAACGAAGCUAAAAAUAUUGGUUGGCCGUGGAUUUGACUUUAUUGUGUUGGAUGGCACGUUUCUAAUUUACCGAAAUACAAGUCUGCAGCCGGAAUACUCAACAGACUCCAUACCACAUACGGCAACUAAUCAAAUUGAAUACCUUAGCACUGGGCAACUAGAGUAAUAAAACAACAACUUAGCUGCCCCUGAGACUACGCUUACUCAAAGUGAUGCUUAAAAUGGGAGUUGGACUCGUACUUGUAAUCGGACUCAAUUGCAUGGCACUUAAUCAAAUUGUCUGCUUGCUUGCCACUACGCCUGUCGUUUUUUGC